AUGGGUUCAACCAUGAAUACGUCUAAACCGGUUGCUUUGGAAAGUACAACCCGUAGAGAUACGUUGGUUGAUAUUGAGAAGAGAUAUCAGGAAAUUUGGGCUGGUGAGAAGCAUUUCGAGAUCGAUGCACCUACCGACAAGGAAGAGCCAUAUGGAACUUCAGUCGAAAAGCUCCAUGAAGAUUAUCCCAAAUGGUACAGCAGUAUGGCUUAUCCUUAUAUGAACGGUGUCUUGCAUGCUGGUCACGCCUUUACCUACUCCAAGGCAGAUUUUGCUACUGGUUUCGAAAGACUUCGUGGUAAGAGGGCCCUAUUUCCUCUUGGUUUUCACUGUACUGGUAUGCCUAUUUUGGCCAGUGCCGACAAAUUAAAACGUGAGAUUGAGAUGUUUGGUGAUGAUUUCUCCGGUGCUCCUUCAAAAGAAGAGGAAGAGAAGGAGAUGGCCAGAGAUGCCAAGCAAAAAGCCACCAAUGCUCAUCAUGAAGAUGUUACCAAGUUCACUGCCAAAAAGUCGAAAGUUGCCCAGAAAACUGGCCGUGGUAAGUUUCAAUAUGAGAUCAUGGAACAGUUAGGUGUUCCAAGAGAUGAAAUCAAGUUGUUCGCCGAUCCUAAGCAUUGGUUGGAGUACUUCCCUCCUCUUGUCAAGACUCACGUGACCAAGUUUGGUGGUAGAGUUGACUGGAGACGGUCUAUGAUUACCACGGAUGCCAAUCCUUACUAUGACUCUUUCGUUGGAUGGCAGAUGAGGCGUUUGAAGGAGUUGGGUAAGAUUAAGUUCGGCAAAAGAUACACCAUUUACUCUGUUAAGGACGGUCAACCUUGUAUGGAUCAUGAUAGACAGUCUGGUGAAGGUGUUUUACCCCAAGAGUACACUGGUAUCAAAAUUCGGGUUACUGAGUUUACCAAGGAAGCUCUAGACUUUUUCCAGAAACAGAAGUUCGAUUUGUCCGGUAAAAAGGUCUUCCUUGUGGCUGCUACUUUACGUCCAGAGACUAUGUACGGUCAGACCUGCUGUUUUGUGUCUAGAAAGAUUAAUUACGGUUUGUUUGAUGCUGGAAAUGGCGAGUACUUUGUCUGCACUAAACGUUCGUUCAAGAAUAUGAGUUACCAGGACAUUACUCCUAAGAGAGGCGAGUACCAGGAGACUUUGUCCAUCAACGGAGGUUUACUCGUUGGUUCUAAGAUUCAUGCUCCUCUUACUUCUAUUGACACUCUCAGAGUCUUACCUAUGGAGACAAUUUUGGAGAGUAAAGGUACCGGUGUUGUCACUUGUGUUCCAUCAGACUCUCCAGAUGAUUUUGUCACCACAAAAGAUUUAUAUAACAAGCCCGAGUACUACGGAAUCGACCGUGAUUGGGUGGUCAAAGAUCCUAUUUCAAUCGUCAAUACUUCUAAGUACGGUGACAAGUGUGCCGAGUACUUAGUUAAUGAAUUGAAGAUUCAUUCUCCAAAAGAUGCAAACCAACUUACAAAGGCUAAAGAAUUGGCCUAUAAAGAAGGUUACUACAACGGUACUUUGCUUAAGGGUAAAUAUGUUGGAGAGAAAGUUGAAGUGGCAAAGCCUAAGGUUAAGAAUGAUUUGGUUGCCGCUAAUGAAGCAGUUGUCUACAGCGAACCUGAAAGUGCAGUGAUGUCACGUAGUGGUGAUGAGUGUAUUGUUUCCCUAGAAGAUCAAUGGUAUCUCGAUUACGGCGAAAAGAACUGGAAAGAGCAAGCUCUAGCUUGUCUUGAGAAGAUGAAUACGUUCAAUUCGGAAACCAAUAACGCAUUUGAAGGAGUAUUUGACUGGUUGAAGAACUGGGCUGUCUCUAGAACGUACGGUUUAGGCAGUAGAAUCCCAUGGGAUCCUAAAUACCUUGUUGAGUCUCUUUCUGAUUCUACCGUGUAUCAGGCCUACUACACCAUCUGUCACUUCCUUCACAGCGAUACUUACGGUCAGGAACCAGGUUUACUCAAUAUUUCCGCCGAUCAGAUGACCGACCAAGUAUGGGAUUACGUGUUUUGCCGUAAAGAUGAAGUCGAAAGUGAUAUUCCUAAGGAGAACUUACAAAAGAUGAGAAGGGAGUUUGAGUAUUUCUAUCCUUUGGAUGAGUCUAUUUCCGGUAAAGAUUUGAUUCCAAACCAUUUGACAUUCUACAUCUACACAAAUGUGGCGUUGUUCAAACCUAGAUUCUGGCCUACCGGUAUUAGAUGCAAUGGUCAUUUGAUGCUUAACAACUCCAAGAUGUCGAAAUCCACGGGCAAUUUCAGAACAUUGGCCCAAUUGGUGGAGAAAUUCGGAGCAGAUGCCUCUCGUGUGGCUAUGGCCGAUGCCGGUGAUUCUAUGGAAGAUGCCAAUUUCGACGAAAGUAAUGCCAACGCUGCCAUUUUGAGAUUGUACAACUUGAAGGAAUGGUGUGAGACCAUGAACAAGGAGAAAGACUCGUUGAGGUCGGGUGAAUACAACUUCUUUGAUAAGGCCUUUAACAAUGAAAUGGACCUACUCAUCAACGAGACAUAUGAGCAUUAUGCCUUGACUCAUUACAAGUUGGCCUUGAAGAGUGGUUUCUUUGACUACCAUUACGCAAGAGACUACUACAGAGACGUCAGUGUUUUAUAUGGAGGUAUGCACAGAGACGUGGUGUUCAAGUAUGUUGAGACUCAGGCUAUAAUGCUCUCUCCAGUGACCCCACAUUUUGCAGAGUAUCUCUAUCGUGAGAUCUUGGGACAUAAAGAGUCUAUUCAUGAUGCCAGAUGGCCUACACCAGAGAAGCCAGUUUCUAGAGAGAUUACUGCCGAAUUAGAAUACGUCAGAAAUUUGCAGAGAUCUAUUAGAGAAGCUGAGAUUCAAGCUUUGAAGAAGAAGAAGAAGGGCAAGGCUUCGGAUGUUGACAAGUCUAAGGAUGUCAAACUAACGUUGUUCGUUGCUGGAAAUUCCCCAGAGUGGCAGGAGAAGUACGUCGAGGUGGUUAGAAAAUUGUUUGAGCAAUCGAACUUGGACGACAUGAAGGAGGUGAAGCAGCAUAUUGAGGAAAGAGACAUGAAGAAGGUUAUGCCAUUUGUGAGUAUUCUCAAGAAGGAGUUAGAGACAUCGACGCCGGAAGAGGUGUUUAAUAGAGAAUUGCCAUUCGAUGAGGUGCAGACUGUGAAGGCUGGAUUCGCUGUUCUUGUGAAAGCUCCUGCCCAAGUUAAAGUGGUUGAAAUCACUGCUGUGUCUUUCAAGAGCGGUGACAAGACUGGAAAGGAUGUUAAAACUGGAGAAGAGGUUGAGAUUCCAAACACGAAGUCGAUCCAAAAUGCUGUUCCUGGACAGCCUGGUGUUUAUAUUAAGAAUAUCAAGUAA